GAAAACAAACAGAACCAGAAAACACAAACAAUGGGGAAGAAGCACAAAAAACACAAGUCCGAAAAACACGGAUAUGAAGAGUACGGAGAGAGGCCAUUGAAGCUGGUCCUUAAAGUGUCCGGUAAUGAAGUGACGACGGGGAGCUCCAGUCGGGACACUUUUUACGAAGAGCAGCCGGCGGACUACGAUAAGCCGAAAGACAAGAAGAAGAAAAGGAAGAAGGAUAAAGAGAGGAGCUUUGGGUCACCAGAGGAUGACAGGGGAAAGAAAAAGAUGACAAAGAAGAAGAAAGGACAAGAAGUAGAUGGAGAGGAUGACCGAGAACAGAACAGAACUCCUGUCCGGUCAGAGCUGGAUAAACUGGAAGCCGAGAAAGAGCAAACUCCUCUGCAGGAAGCUUUGAACCAGCUCAUCAGACAGCUCCAAAGGAAAGACCCCAGUGCGUUUUUCACAUUUCCGGUGACGGACCUCAUUGCUCCUGGCUACUCCUCAAUUAUCAAGCGUCCUAUGGACUUCAGCACAAUGAAGGACAAAGUAAAGAAAGAGUUCUACCAGUCGUUGGAUGAACUUAAGGCUGAUUUCAGGAUCAUGUGUGAAAAUGCCAUGAUUUACAACAAACCUGAGACCAUCUACCACAAAGCUGCUCGGAAACUUUUGCACUCUGGGAUGAAGAUCUUAAGCCAGGAGCGGCUGGAGAGUUUGAAGCAGAGCAUAGAGUUCAUGUCCGGCCUCGACCCCUCUGCCAAACAGCCUGGGAAGACAGAGGAAGGUGGCACCAGCCUGGAUGAGAAAAAAGAGGGACCCACAACCUCAGACGGCAGCGAGCGCUCCCAGACCCCCAGCACCCCCAGACAGGACAAAGACUCCAAGGACGAAGCGGCAAAGGCAGAGAAAGAGCUUGAGGAAAUCCGCAAGGUCAUCGAAGAGUCUGGAGGAAAGCUGUCCAACAGACUGCUCCAGUGUGAUUUGGAGUUUGCGAGGCGGAAGGCUGACGGCUCCACCACUCUGGCUAUUCUCAAUCCAGCAGAUCUUGCAGCAGGAGAUGUGGGUUACUGUCCCGUGAAGCUGGGCAUGAUGUCCAAUCGGCUGCAGACCGGCGUGAACACCCUGCAGGGAUUCAGGGAGGACAAAAGGAACAGGACCACUCCAGUGUCCUACAUGAACUACGGGCCGUUCACCUCUUACGCACCCACCUACGACUCCAGCUUCGCCAACAUCAGCAAGGAGGAUUCUGACCUCAUCUAUGCCUUCUAUGGAGAAGAGUCCAGCCUGCAGGGCUCAGACAGCAUGACAGGGUUCCUGGCCAAAUCGGAUGAAUACGUGUACAAACUGGCAGACAACCUUCUGGAUGCGAUGACAAAUGGAGAGCAUUCAAAAACCCUGAAGGAGACACAGCCAUUGCAGGAGCCAACAAAUACACGAGAGGACAAGGAUGAUAUGGAGGUAACUGAACCCAACUUCCUGCGUCCUGGUACAGGCCUGCUGGAGACUGAGGAGCUGACUGCGGAGGCCCUGCACAUCCAGAAGAAACUGGACGAGACUACAAAGCUCCUACGUGACUUGCAGGAAGCACAGAAGGAGCGUCUGAGUGCCAAGCAGCCACCUAACAUGAUCUGCUUGCUGGCCCCGACUGCAAAAGAGCUGGACCUAGCUGAGAAGGUAACAGGGAACUUGGCCUCGCUGACAAGCCAAGUGGCCCCAUGUGACGUCAGCAGCGUGUACGGCAUCAGGAAGGCCAUGGGUGUCGCUCUACCUCCUGAACCCUUCAUAGACCUCACAACAGUGCAGGAGAUGUCUGAACCGAUGGAGACCUUGUCAAGUCAGGAUGCGGUUCCUGUUGCAGCUGUAUAAUGAAACUCCAACCACUCACAGUUUAAUAACAUCAGUUUUGUACAAAAGGUGCUUUUUGUGUGACAUUUGUAUGCAUUUCAAUCAAUAAACGUCUUUUUUUUUAA